AUGCGCAGCCGCAACGACAACGACAGGAUCACCAGCUCUGGCACCCGGCUCGAAAAACAGGCACCCGUUCCGGUACGGUGUCGUCAUCGCAACGUCUCGAAACAACAACGGCCCUUCUGGGUCUUCGCAAGAGGUGGAGGCGGUACCGGGCGACCACCACGUCUGGGUGGAGGCGCCUACGACAACGCUGAAGUAGGAUCUCCUUCAACGAUUCCUGCCGCUGCUGCUGCUGCUGCUGGCGCAACCCCAACCGAGGCAGAGGAGGAGCCAAUACCGGGAGGCAACAGCGUCGCCUCAGCGGCAUCGGCAGACGACGCGAGCGGCAUCGACGACAGUGAUGGCAAAGCGGAAGACGAUGGCGAGAACGGCGGCAUGCCUGCUGCCGCCGCCGAAAAAGAAGAGGACGGUGAGCUGCGGCCCGGGCAGGCGCGGGUCUUGGAGUGCCGCAUGGAGACGGCAGGUGGAGCAGUCGCGAGGGGGCUCGGCGAUGAGCUUGGACACAGGGGGGCGGAAUCGUCUUCUGCGGCGGAAGGGGUGGCACAGCUGCAAGUCGUCGCGAAGACCGUGGACCUUGCAGACGAAGGAGUCAAGCAGGGCUUGGAGACGCUGUGGAAGGAAGGCAGACUCUUGUCUCAGGAGAGCGAUCCAGCGGACGUUUUGCGAGGGCGGGAGCGAAAUUUCUCCGAGCGGCUGUCGGCUUACACGAACAGAACCAAGUUCGACCACUGGGAGACAAUCCCUCCCGAGCGAUUGCUAGACACCGUGGAAGAAGGUUGCGGCGCGGAAGCUCGGACCCUCAGUGUCUUUGACUCUGGCCGGCCGGUGGAGGAGACCCUCUCUUCGAUAAAGGCCAUUCUCGAAUGGUUCAGGCAGGACUUCCCGUACUACUAUAGCGGGUGCCACGCGUGUGGGAACGGCGACAACAACACGUUCGUGGGCUACGUCUACCCGACGGCGGAGGAGCGAGAGUUUCGUGCCGGGCUCGCGGAGGUGUACCUCUGCUCGUCGUGCGGCCACGUUAGCCGUUUCCCGCGGUACACCGCCGUUUCCAAGGUGUUGGACACCCAGAGGGGGCGCUGCGGGGAGUACAGCGUACUCAUGCUGCGCCUGCUCGAGGCGCUGGGGUACACGUGCCGCUGGGUGGUGGAUUGGGCCGACCACGUGUGGGUGGAGGCGAGGGUGGACCGGCGGUGGGUUCACGUCGAUCCGUGCGAGGCUGCUGUCGACGAGCCCCUGAUUUACGAGUCCUGGGGCAAAAAUCAGACAUACAUCCUUGCCUUCAGCCCCACGGAAGUAGUCGAUGUCACGGAAACGUACACCAGCGAUUUUGAGGUGGCCAAGGCUAGGAGAGAUGUCGACCCCGAAACCAUGGCAGCGCUUCUCGCCGAGGCCACUGAGACACUGCGGCAGAAGAAACCAUGA